GACGAGAGCGAAGCCCUCCUGUGUGUAGACGGAGUCCGGUGGAGGCUGUCUCCUGGGCCUGGGGCUGCCCUCAGCGUCCGAUCCUCAGCCCGGGUUGGGUUGGACGGGCCGCGCUCCGGGCUCCGGGACCCCAGUUGGGGCGGGCCGGGUGUUUCCCCUAGUGUCUGCCUGGCUGGAAUGCUUCGUGGGAGGCUGGAUCUGGACACGGAAAGAGGGGUCACUGAACUGACGGCUGGAAGAGGAAGAUGCCUAGUUCGGACCUUCUAAUGUUGAAGGCCUUUGAGCCCUACUUUGAGAUUUUGGAAGUAUACUCCACAAAAGCCAAGAAUUAUAUAAAUGGGCAUUGCACCAAGUAUGAGCCCUGGCAGCUAAUUGCAUGGAGUGUUAUGUGGACUCUGCUGAUAGUCUGGGUAUAUGGGUUUGUCUUCCAGCCAGAGAGCUUAUGGUCAAGGUUUAAAAAGAAAUGUUUUAAGCUCAUCAGGAAGAUGCCUAUUAUUGGUCGCAAGGACGACAAGAGGACGAACAGGUUAAGGGAUGAUCCUUGCUGUAUUCCAGUGAAACUUUAUUUACGAGAAGAGAUUCAAGAAAAGUUGAACGAGGCCAAGGAUGAUAUUAGGAAGAUCACGUCAUUCCUGACAGUGGACAAAGAUUAUGUGAAAGCUCUGCCCUCCAAGGGUCUGAGCUUGCCUGCAGUUCUGGAGAAACUCAAGGAGUACAGCUCUAUGGAUGUCCAGUGGCAAGAAGGGAGAGCCUCUGGAGCAGUGUACAGUGGGGAGGAAAAUCUCACCGAGCUCCUUGUGAAGGCUUAUGGAGAUUUUGCAUGGAGUAACCCAUUGCAUCCAGAUAUCUUCCCAGGACUUCGUAAGAUAGAGGCAGAAAUUGUGAGGAUAACUUGUUCCCUGUUCAAUGGGGGACCAGAUUCCUGUGGAUGUGUGACUUCUGGAGGAACAGAAAGCAUACUGUUGGCCUGCAAAGCUUAUCGAGACCUUGCCUUAGAGAAGGGAAUCAAAACUCCAGAAAUUGUGGCUCCCCAAAGUGCCCAUGCUGCAUUUAACAAAGCAGCCAGUUAUUUUGGGAUGAAGAUGGUGUGGGUCCCACUGACCAAGAUGAUGGAAGUGGAUGUGCGGGCAAUGAGAAGAGCUAUCUCCAGGAACACUGCCAUGCUCGUCUGUUCUGUCCCACAGUUUCCUCAUGGUGUGAUAGAUCCUGUCCCUGAAGUGGCCAAGCUGGCUGUCAAAUACAAAAUACCUCUUCAUGUAGAUGCCUGUCUGGGGGGCUUCCUCGUCGUUUUUAUGGAGAAAGCAGGAUACCCACUAGAGCAACCGUUUGAUUUCCGGGUGAAAGGUGUGACCAGCAUUUCAGCUGAUACCCAUAAGUAUGGCUACGCCCCCAAAGGCUCUUCAGUGGUGUUAUACAGUGACAAGAAGUACAGGAACUAUCAGUACUUCGUUGAUGCAGAUUGGCAGGGUGGCAUCUACGCUUCCCCAAACAUCGCAGGCUCACGGCCUGGUGGCAUUAGUGCAGCUUGUUGGGCUGCCUUGAUGCACUUCGGUGAGAACGGCUAUGUUGAAGCUACCAAACAGAUCAUCAAAACGACUCGCUUCCUCAAGUCAGAACUGGAAAAUAUCAAAGGCAUCUUUGUUUUGGGCAAUCCCCAAUUGUCAGUCAUUGCUCUGGGCUCCUGUGAUUUCGACAUCUACCGACUAUUUAACCUGAUGACCGCUAAGGGGUGGAGCUUGAACCAGUUGCAGUUCCCACCCAGUGUUCAUUUCUGCAUCACAUUAGUACAUACCCGGAAGCGAGUAGCUAUACAGUUCUUAAAGGACAUCCGGGAAUCUGUCACCCAAAUCAUGAAGAAUCCUAAAGCAAAGACCACAGGAAAGGGUGCCAUCUAUGGUAUGGCCCAGGCAACCAUUGACAGGAACAUGGUUGUGGAAUUGUGCUCGGCCUACUUGGACAGUUUGUACAGCACAGACAUUAUAACCCAAGAUAGCCAGAUGAAUGGUUCUCCAAAACCCCACUGAGCUUGGAUCCUUUCUAGGGGCUUCUGGCCUUCAGAAGGUUCUGGGGGUAUGGAAGAGAUGGAAGAGGCUACAUACAACUUUGACAUCUGGUCUUGCUCCGUAGAGGACAACAAGAUAGACCACAAGACAGCUUGAUCCUCAGGAUUCUUGUUCCUCCUUUUGUCAUCCUUUUGUGGUUUUUAAUUUGAAGAUCCUGAAGGAUCCCAUUAUGUUAUGAUUUUGCCCUUGUUUUAAAUGUUACCUUAGGAACUGUUUUAACCAUUUCCUUCACUAACCUCUCUGGCUUUCAUCUUCACUUAAUCAUUGCAUGGUGGUUCUGACAUGUCCUGAUUCCUUAGGGAAGCUGGGGUACAGUUUUUGAGAUAGCAAAAGUGUUUCUUUGUUAUCUCAGGCAGAUAUUUUGGGUAGUUAGAUAGGAAGCAUUUAUGUAACAGAUGUUUCCCCAGGUGAAUAUUAGAUGUACUCUAAGCAGGAGGCUUUUUCAGCCCUCCUCUCAAGAGUAGGUUAGUUGUCUCUCUUAGAAUCACUUUCAUUGCAACUCACUUUAUUUUUUCUGGGCACAGAUUGAACAAGCAGUUGUUUCCUGUUAUGCAGGACUGGAGUGGUCGAGGGUAUCUUCUCCAUCUCCCAAGGUGGGGUUUGGAGUAGUCCAUUGGUCCUCUUCUGUGCUUGUAGUGGACUCCCAUUUGACACUUUGUUGCCACCAUCUUUGGAGAUUCUUGUUUGAAUUGAUGCUCCCACUGGUUUGUUCUUGUUUCUUUGAGCUAGGGAGAGAACAUUGUUUCCAGAGAAUUUAGGACUUUCUGGCCAUGAUGCUGCCUGCCUGGAUUGGCAGUGGUCAGAGCACAUCGGGAUCCUCACCUGGGCUGGGGAUGAGCAGAAAGCAGGUCCUUUUCUAAACUUAUCUGAGCACCAGAGUAGAAUGAGCACCCAGGUUCAGUUAUGUGGUGUUGGCUGUCCCUUCCCCCAUUGCUUUAAGCCAUCAUGUAAUGAGAAUAUGUUUGCUUGAAGGAACAGCUUGAAGCACCUUCACAAGUUGCCUUGACUUACAUUAGAUGGAUGUGAAGAGAUCGUAAGAGAGUCCCCAUAGCAAGGAAAAAUUUCUCUCACCAUUAGUGUGUGCUUUCUGCCUCUUCCCCCUUUCUUCAGCUUCCAAAGGUACUAUGUCAGUUUAGCCUCAGGUACUGGGCGCCUCUCAGCCUUGGCUAAAAAGGAAGCAGAGUUAGAUGAGAUAAACAUUUUGGAAUAGGAAAGCAUGAUGGCAAGCAGCCAUUGGGGCCUAGGGCCUGGAAUUCCUUCAUAAGACUAGUUGCUCAGGGCGGUACAGGGACAGGACCAAACCCUGCACCCACUUCCUACCCUCUUCUCCCUUGCUUGGGGCCCUGGUCCAGGUUGGGCCGCUGUCCUGCUCUAAUGACAUCGUCUUGUGUGCCUUCCUCUUUAGCAGUGAGCAGUGAGCUAUUCCUGGCCAAGGCCCUAGGGGAAAUGGAUCAGUCUUUGAGGUUUCUGUUUGGGUAGGGGAGGUUCUUAGGACAAGUCAGGAGAAACUUUGUUCUGUUCCUUUCCCCUUCUCAGGGACUCCUGAAUAUUCAGCCUCUCCACACUGGUAUCCUUUAGCCUCUUCCACUGUGAAUGCUGGCCAGUAGAGCCAAGACUACCAGACUUUUCCUCAAGCUCCUUAGCAUGUUUGUCUGACAUGUUCUUUAGCACUGUACUUCUUACCCAAUAACUGGCCAUGUCAUUGUAGGGUUGGUGUGGUAUGUAUGUGUGUGUGUGUUUUCCUCCAGUUUGUUCUGCAGUGUCCUGUGGGUUCCAAGAGUGGUUAAUGUUUGUGUGUGUGUGUGUAUGUCAGAGAGAGAGGCUGAGAUCCUUAGGACAUGGGAGUCACAUGUUUCCUCUCAGUUGCUGAACAGGCGGGCAUUUCCUUGAUAGAAUAGCUGUUGUUGGAGCUGUGCAUGAAUCACCUUGGGUCUCUACUGCAUUCUGUUGGAGGAGGCCCAGGGACCCAGAACCACCCAGCAGGUACCACUGUGACUUGCUGGCAGCUAACAUGGAGAAGCAUGUGCCCUAGAGUAUGCCAGUGCUUUCAGUCCUGGUCUCCCAGGACCAGACUCCUGAGCCACUCACUUCCUCUGUGCUGUGACAACAUUGGUGCCAAGGGGCAGUGGUGGUUUUCAAAAGGACCUACUGUAGCCACUUUAAUUGUUAUGAUUAAGAGCCUUAGUUUGACUUAACACUUUUGCAGGCUUUUCACUUUGAGUGUAUUUGUGCGCGUGUGCAUGUAGUAAUACCUAAUCUGUGGCAGAGGUGGAGAUAAUAUCUUGAUAGUAUCAUGUUGCUAGCAGAUGUCACAUCGGCCUCUGCAAAAAACUGUUGUGUUGUUUCUCCAUUAGAAAUAAGUAGUUGUGUGAUUAUACUGCCAUGUCACUUUUAAUGUUACCAGUUUUAUACUUGGAAAAUGGUACUUGCCUCUUUUAAAUCCUCUGUCUUCUCUAACCUCCUCCUUUCCAACUCAAUGCUCCCUUUCUGAUUGCAGCAAUAAUCCCUUGAAAAGCAAUUAAAUAAUUAAAUGUCCCCACUUGUAA